UCCUAUCUGAAAGGCUACGUCAUCAUUAUCAUGGGAUGUGUGAUGACCAUUGUUGUCCAAGACAGUGUUUUGUUAACCGGCACUAUUGUACUCCUUCCUGCUUCCAGAUUUAUCAACCCUGACUAUCUUUAUCCAUUUGUACUUGGAUCAAAUGUUGGUGCUGCUCUUAGUCUACUGUUUACCGCCAUGUCCGAUCCUGUCACAUCACAGGUUGCCUUCCAAAUAAUAUAUUGUCACUUGAUCUUCAGUGUUUCCAGCUUCGUACUAUUUUAUGUGAUACCAUACAGCAGUAGGAUACCUUUACUGUUCGCCGAGGUGUUGAGCAAGAAGUUUUCCAAACACCGUUGGUUUGCCUUUGGACUCAUCACAGUUGUGUUUUUUGGUUUGCCUGCUGUUACUUAUGGACUUUCUCUUGCAGAUCAACACUACGUCAUUUCAUUCUUAUCCGUCCUGGUCCUUAUUUCUUUGGUUGUUUCUACCAUCAGUUUUAUGCAAGCUUACGCACCAUCAUGUCUGCCUCUGUGUAUGAAAACCUGGGAAUUUCUACCGGAAUAUAUGCGAUCCUUAGAACCAUAUGAA